AUGCAAUGCGUACUGGACUGCUACGAUGUUAUAGUUUCGAUAUACGAGGUUUUGAAGUCGAACGAGCUAAGGGAAAAGUACAACAAUGUUUUGGAGUUCGGCUUGCCCGAUUGGCGACAGCCGAUCUUCUACUACAGAAAAAUGCGUAAGCUGGCCUGGUAUGAAGCCGUCAUUGUUCUUAUCGCUGUAUCUACUAUUGCUCAUUAUCUGAUGAUGUGGGCUGCUUAUUAUGAGAAGUAUUUAGUGUUGAAGCAGAGCUUGAAAAAAUCGCGAAAGCGUGAAAAGAAAGGUGAAACCGAAGGUAACAUAACACAGUUGCACGAAGCUCUAGAAGUAUUCCGACCACGGUUCCGUGAUUUGUUACCAUUCCUAAUGGCAAAGGGUUCAUGGAAUCUCUUGAAGUUUGCCAUUUUUACUGCACAAGAACAGCUAAAACGAAAGGAGCCAGAAGAAGAAGUAAGUCCUUUGCUGUACACCUUUCUCGCAUUUCGAUAUAUUUAUGACUAAUU